ACUUUGACAACAUGUUUGCUCCAUCUAGUUUAUACCGUGCUAAUAGCAAUAGGCAGGUAGAAAACAGUGAUUUACAAUUUUAUGAAAUUCUAAUAAUUUUCAAUAUUGCGUAGUUUCGAGUUGUAUAUUCGUGCAGUUAAAACAGUUCUACAUACAUUUAAAAGCUUUUAUUGAUAUCAUAUCGGUAUACCAUUACAUUCGUGACGUAAUUAGUUUGCCGUGAAGUUGGAAUUAUUUCUUGUACAUAUAUUUCCUAGGAGAUAAGGCCUACGAUAAUGAGAUAAUUGAAAUUUGUAGUGACGGUUCCAUCGAAAGCAGCAAAGCAACGCGAAACUCCUAUCACAAUCGAGCAAUGGUCUGCCUCUGAAAAUAUGAAUUGAUUUCAGUAUUUAUCAUCAUGACAGAAAAUACACUGACCACCCCAAUUUCCCUUUCCACAUAUCAUCAACUGAGCUUAACAGUUGAAUCCGCAAGUAUAAGAAAUUCUGGAUUAUUCAAACCAAAUCCCUAUCUGCAAGUGAUAAUAGAUGAUAAAAUCUCUAAAAAAACUGAAGUCAUAAAGAAUACUUGCCAUCCCAAAUGGAAAGAAGAAUUCACAGUGCUGGUCACUCCUCUGUCUCAAAUUUUAUUUCGGCUCGCUGAUCACCACAGUUUUAGAAAAGACAAUAUCAUUGGUGAAAAAAGGAUAAGCCUUACAAAGGUGUUGGUACAUUUCAAUGGAAAAUGUGAAAAUAUUGAACUCACUAUAGAUUUGAUGAAAGCUGUAUCACAAGAAAAUAGCUCUAAUGGAAAUACUGAAACAAAAACUGCAGAAGUUGUCGUUCUCCUGGAUGGAUUGAGAAUAGAGCUUGCUGUGCUGAAUCAGUCUCAUGAGGUUCUUAAUGAAGCAUCUAGCUCUCGAACACUAUUGAAUGAUGGCCUCAGAGCUAAAGUCAGACAACAACAGUCAUUACAAUCUGUGAGAUCCAUGUUAAGGAUGCAGUCACUCAGGCCACCACCGGGCCCGCCCCCACUCACCAACGGCGCGGCGCACCCGCUGCCCGCGGAGCCCGCGAGCUCGGAGCUGAGCGCGGGCCCCUCGCAGCAGGAGCCGCCGCCCGACGCUUCGUCGCCCGCCGCCGGGCCCUCCGUCGCCGCUGAAGAGCCCUUACCCCAAGGCUGGGAAAUGCGAUACGACGUGUAUGGACGACGGUACUACGUGGACCACAACACCCGGUCGACGUCGUGGGAGCGGCCGCAGCCGCUGCCGCCGGGCUGGGAGGUGAGGCGCGACGCGCGCGGGCGCGUGUACUACGUGGACCACAACUCGCGCACCACCACCUGGCAGCGGCCCGACACGGAGCGCCUGGCGCGCUUCCAGCACUGGCGCGGCGAGCGCCGCCACGUGGUCGCGCAGGGCAACCAGCGCUUCCUCUACCCGCCGCCGCAUCAGCGCCAUGUCGACGCUGAACAAGACUCCGCGAUGGGCGGCGGUCAAGCGGCUGUCGGCGGCGGGGCGGGAGCCCCGGCGGUUGCCGCAGCGGGUGCGGGCGCGGCUCCCCUCGGUGCGGGCGCAGCGCCCCCCGGAGCGAGCGUAGCGCCCCCCGCCGCGGGCCCGGCGCCCCCGCUGCCGGCCGACGACGCGCUGGGCCCCCUGCCUGCUGGCUGGGAACGCCGCGUUCACGACGGCAGGGUGUACUUCCUUAACCAUAAAAAUAGAACUACGCAGUGGGAGGAUCCGAGGACGCAGGGCCAGGAAGUGGGCGCGCCGGAGGAGUCGCUGCCGCUGCCGGGCGGCUGGGAGAUCCGCUACACGGAGGAGGGCACGCGCUACUUCGUCGACCACAACACGCGCACCACCACAUUCCAGGACCCGCGGCCCGGCGCGCCCAAGGGCCCGCAGGGUGCCUACGGCGUACCCCGCGCCUACGAGAGAUCAUUCCGGUGGAAACUUAGUCAAUUUAGAUAUUUGUGCCAGAGCAACGCUCUACCCAAUCAUAUUAAAAUCACAUUAUCUCGUCAAACGCUGUUCGAAGAUUCAUAUCAUCAGAUAAUGAGAUUACCACCUUACGAAUUACGGAAACGGCUAUAUAUAAUAUUUCGCGGAGAAGACGGCUUAGAUUAUGGAGGAGUUAGCAGGGAAUGGUUCUUCUUGCUUUCACACGAAGUACUGAAUCCAAUGUACUGUCUUUUUGAAUAUGCCAAUAAAAAUAAUUACAGUUUACAAAUAAAUCCAGCCAGCUAUGUGAACCCAGAUCACCUACUAUAUUUCAAAUUUAUAGGAAGAUUCAUAGCGAUGGCGUUAUAUCAUGGCAGAUUCAUUUAUUCUGGAUUUACUAUGCCUUUUUAUAAGAGAAUGUUAAAUAAAAAGUUGACUAUGAAAGAUAUUGAAUCAAUUGAUCCUGAAUUUUAUAAUUCUCUAGUGUGGAUAAAGGAAAAUAACAUAGACGAAUGUGGCCUUGAAAUGUGGUUCAGUGUUGAUUUCGAAGUAUUGGGCCAGGUCAUACACCACGAGCUCAAGGCGGGCGGCGAUAAGGAACGCGUCACUGAAGCAAACAAAGAGCAAUAUCUACAACUAGUGACCCAGUGGCGCAUGACCCGUGGAAUUGAAGAACAAACCACUGCAUUCCUUGAAGGCUUCAAUGAGGUCAUAACUCUGGAGUGGCUGAAGUACUUCGACGAGCGGGAGCUGGAGCUGAUGCUGUGCGGCAUGCAGGAGGUGGACGUGGACGACUGGCAGCGGAACACCAUCUACCGCCACUACACGCGCACCAGCAAGCAGGUGCUUUGGUUCUGGCAGUUUGUACGUCAAGUAGAUAAUGAGAAGAGAGCAAGACUGCUUCAGUUCGUGACAGGUACAUGCAGAGUACCUGUCGGUGGCUUCGCAGAGCUCAUGGGAUCAAACGGCCCUCAACGUUUUUGUAUAGAAAAGGUUGGCAAAGACACGUGGUUGCCGCGAUCACACACGUGCUUCAACAGAUUAGAUUUGCCGCCCUACAAGAGUUACGAGCAAUUAUGUGAGAAAUUAAAUUAUGCUAUCGAGGAAACUGAAGGAUUUGGACAAGAGUGAAAUAAUAAAUCUACUUACUAGGUUAAUAAAUGUAAAUUAUUAUUAGCACCUUAAUAUAAUUGCACCACCUCACGAAGAGGAACAUUAUCACCAAUAGAAUUGGUGCUUUCAUAAAAAGACCAACCAAAUAAUUUUAUGAUCACCUUUAUUAUGCAGUGCUCGCUCAGCGAGAAUAUGACCUUCGGCAUUUGAUGUAAAAUAAUGUUUACUGAUGAAAAAUAUAAAAUAAAUAGUUAUCUAGCUCCAAUGUUUGUUAAUUUUAACUUACAAGUAUAUAUUUCUAAAAGUAGCUGCAACUCAAUUGUGUUUAUACUUACGAAUAUAUAUAUCGGCUCUGUUAUAAUAAAUCCGUCAUUGAAAUCCAAUGUACAAAAGAAUUCCAGUCGAUUAGCUAGAUAACAACAGCUUGUCAGUGAGUAUUAUUUUGAUCCAUAGGUCAAAAUCUAUGGUCAACAGCACACGUCAAAUCAGAGCGAAGACCGUGGUCGGAGAAAACUAUAUAUAAAACGUCAUAUUUUCCAUUUCGUCCAUGCAAUAAAGAAAACGCUUAUUGAAAACACACGGAUGAGAAACGGGACAGAGCUCUCAUAUCUUUUACAUCUUUUGUCCUUCAUCGUGUGCCGCGGGGUCAGCCUACUGCGACUAAAACUAAUGUAAUGGGUUAAUGUAUUAGAUAAUUCUAAACUCUUAUCUAUAAUUUUCUUUGUCUUGGGCGGAAAUGCAUACCGUUCCCCACAGUGAAUACGGUAGAACACAUAAACAUAUUGUGAUAUAAAAACAUUAUUCUUUUGUUUGUUUAAAAGUAAGGGUGUGAUUAAAAAUCACGGCCUGAAGUUAUUUCAAGUGUUGAUGUUGUUUUGACAAUGUUUAGACCAUCAAUAUUGUUGUAUUUUACAUAGACAAGAUAAUGUUCAUAAUACUAUCGGUAGUCUUGAACAGCACGAUACAUACUCUGAAUAAUGAUAUACCAUUGCUGCGACACUAGUACUGAAACUUGAGGCAAAUAAUUCAACCAAUAACGUGCUGUUAGACUUAAUGCGAUGACGUGUGUAUAAUGGCAACUGCAGUGAAGCGUGAAACAAUAUAUUUAUUAUGUAGAUAUGUUAGCAUAUUCAAUCAUAUAAGAAAUAUUUUUUUGAGAAUUUCGUUCUCCAGAUGUUAGCAAUGUAUUUUAGACGAGGCUUUAAAUUAUAUUUUAAAAAUGAA